AUGGUUUUCCAAACUUCAUCUCUAGAGUUUACAGUGAGGAGGCACCCACCAGAGCUAGUAGCCCCAGCUAAACCUAUUCCCCAUGAAGUUAAGCUUCUAUCUGACAUAGAUGACCAAAAUGGCCUUCGUUACCAACUUCCAUUGGUACAGUUCUAUCCUUACCAACCUCUAAUGAAAGGGAAAGAUCCUGUUCAAGUUAUUAGAGAAGCCCUUGCCAAAACACUUGUGUUUUAUUAUCCAUUAGCUGGGAGGCUUAGGGAAGGUCCUAAUGGUAAACUAAUGGUGGAUUGUAAUGGAGAAGGUGUCAUGUUCAUUGAGGCUGAUGCAGGUGUGACACUUGAACAGUUUGGUAACAAUUUUAUGCCACCGUUCCCUUGCUUCGAUGAGCUUCUUUACAAUGUUCCUGGCUCAGAUGGAAUGAUUGACACUCCACUCCUGCUCUUACAGGUGACGCGCCUCAAGUGUGGUGGUUUCAUCUUUGCUCUCCGCAUGAACCAUACCAUGUGCGAUGGAAGUGGAAUUUGCCAAUUCCUGAAGGCCUUAGCAGAAAUAGCACGAGGUGCACCAAAACCUUCGAUUCUCCCAGUGUGGCAUAGGGAACUUCUGUGUGCAAGAAACCCACCAAGAAUCACUUGCACUCAUAAUGAAUACCAACAACUACCACCUGAUUCGAGAAGCAUCUUCACACCCCAUCAUCGUUCCUUCUUCUUUGGCCCAAAAGAGAUAGGUUUAAUGCGUUCUCUUCUCCCUCCACACCUUGCAACCAAAUCAACCUCAUUUGAAAUCCUCACUGCAUAUCUGUGGCGUUGCCGCACAUUUGCAUUGCAGUGGCAAAACCCUGAUCAAGAGGUUCGCUUGUUGUGCAUUGUGAAUGCACGUUUUGGAAGUUGCAUGUUCGCCCCUCCUUUGCCUAAUGGUUUUUAUGGUAAUGCUUUUGUGUUUCCUGCGGCAGUUACCACUGUAGGGAAACUCUUGGGUAGUCCAUUAGGGUAUGCAUUGGAGCUAGUGAAGAAGGCAAAGGAUGAAGCAAAUGAAGAGUAUGUGCACUCUGUGGUUGACCUAAUGGCUAUCAAAGGAAGACCUUGUUUUACUAUGUUAGGCUCUUUCAUGGUGUCAGAUCUCUUAAAGAGUGGAUUCACAGAUUUUAACUUUGGGUGGGGUAAGGCUUUGUAUUCUGGGGUAGCCAAAGGUGGUCUUGGGAACAUUUCUGGGGUGAGCUUCUAUGUUCCCUAUACUAACUCCAAAGGGGAGAAAGGAAGAGUUGUUCCAAUUUGCCUGCCACAAGAUGCAAUGGAGAGGUUUGAGAAAGAGUUGAAUGACACACUGAAGAUUAAGAAUAACUAUAUGGUGUUAAUGUCUAGUCUCUAA